AUGUUCCGCAAGAGCACUCUUCUCUGCAUCGCCCUCGCCCUCCUCUUCGUCGUCUCCGCCAUCGCCGAUGAAAGCGGCAAUGGAACUGAAAGUGCCCAAAAGCCCGAUGCCAUCGUCGUCCCCUCGACUCCUGCUCCUGUACCGACUGAGGCACCGGCCACUGAUGCUUCUGCUCCGGAAAGCACGACGAAAGGCGCCGCCAUGAACUACGCUAUCGGUGAGUCACGGUGUAUUGAAAGUGAUACCGGAAAUUUCGCUUUGAAAAGCUUCAAAGUUAACUUUCAAAUUUUGCAGGAUCGGUGCUCGUGAUGCUCGUGCGUGCCGCCUUCUAA